UUUACUCACCACAAAAUGUGGCUGCUUCCAUUUUUUAUUGGCAUUAACUCUUUGGUUCACAGAGGAAGGGGACUCCGGUAAUUCAUAGUUCGGCCGGAAGGUAAGUAAAAUUUGACCAGAAAUUGUUUCUACCGGGAAUCAAACUCGGGUUCUCCCGAACAAUUCGUCUUGCGGGAAACUCAUUAACCACUUAGCUCAAUAUCUUGGUUUGGUCUGGCUGCUUCCAAUUCAACUGUCCUCCACAAUCCAUGAUCUUGUCAUUAAUAAAGACAACAACAUUUAAACCUCCCCUUCACGCAUUCAUUUCAAACCAGCAAAGCCAUGACAUCACUCACAAUACUGAUAUAGUAUAUAUUGUGCUUCUAGUUCUAGCUAGUUACUACUAAUUACAUGUAACUAAUUGUGUUGAGAGUUAUAUGAGUUGUUGUGUUUAGGAUGACGAAAGUAGAAGUGGUGUUUAUCCCUUCUCCAGGUUUAGGACAUCUAACAUCCACCCUUGAGUUUGCUAAACUUCUCAUCAACCGUGAUAACCGUCUCAGUAUAACCGUCUUGGUCAUUAAGUUUCCAAACACCGGUGGUGAAACAAUAAAAACCAUUUCCUCCUCCUUCGACUCAGAAAAUCUCCAUGUCAUCAACCUCCCUGAUUGUGCUCAUGUUUCCUCCACUUCUGAUGUAGGUAACUCUGUGAACACUCUCAUUGAAACCCAAAAAUCCAACGUUAAAGAAGUUGUUUCCAACAUCACUGCAAAAGGAAAACUAGCUGUCUUUGUUGUUGACAUGUUUUGCACCACCAUGAUUGAUGUUGCCAAUGAAUUUGGUGUCCCUUCCCUUGUCUACUUCACUUCCAGUGUUGCUUUCCUUGGUUUGAUACUUCAUCUUCAUACACUUUUGGAAGACAACUCUGAAGCCCUUCGGUUGUCAUUGAAGCAGGAUGAAUUGGACAUCCCUUGUUUCGCUAACCCCGUUCCUACAAACACAUUGCCAACUCUGGUGCUCCGCAAGGAAUGGGAAUCAUCUUUUUUCAACUAUGGUGGAGGGCUCAAGAAAGCCAAUGGCAUUAUUGUGAAUUCGUUUCACGAGCUAGAACCUCAUGCGAUUAACUCAUUCUUGGAAGACCCGGGUCUACGUGGUUUACCGGUGUAUCCGGUGGGACCUGUAUUAAACCUUGAGACCAAGCCCAAGGAAACUGUUGACUCUGAUAAUAUCAUUAAGUGGCUUGAUGAUCAACCUCCUUCCUCGGUAGUUUUCAUAUGCUUUGGAAGCGUGGGUGCUUUCGAUAAGGAUCAGGUUAGGGAAAUUGCGUGUGCCAUUGAGAAAUGUGGAACCCGCUUCUUGUGGUCUCUGAGGAAACCCCCACCAAACGGAACCAUGGGUCCGGCGUCUGAUUACCCUCUUUCUGAUUUGGCUGCAGUUUUACCUGAAGGGUUCUUAGAUCGAACUGCUGAGAUUGGAAAGGUCAUUGGAUGGGCCCCUCAGGUCCAAGUACUCGCUCAUCCAGCCACGGGAGGCUUUGUUUCGCAUUGCGGUUGGAAUUCUACACUCGAGAGCAUACACUAUGGUGUGCCUAUUGCCACAUGGCCACUCUUUGCUGAUCAACAAACCAAUGCUCUUGAACUUGUGUCAGAGCUUAAGAUGGGUGUGGAGAUUGCAUUGGAUUAUAGGAUGGAAUACGAUGUUGGGCGCGACUAUCUUUUAACUGCUGACAAGAUCGAGAAGGGAAUAAGGAAUGUGUUGGAUAAGAAUGGAGAGGUAAGGAAGAAAGUGAAAGAUAUAAGUGAACAAAGUAGGAAAACAUCGUUAGAAGGUGGUUCUUCCUACACUUGCUUAGGUCGUUUGAUUGAUUAUAUUGUAAAUCAAGUAUGAAAUUAUGUUAUACUAACCAUGUAUAAAAUGGUUAGAGAGUAUUAGUUGGAUUACUACAUAAAUGUACUCAGCAUAUUUUCACUUCAUAGAGAAGAGAUGUGUUUUUGAAAGUUA